AUGAAUCCACCCAGCUCUGGGAGCAUUCCGCUCCAGGAGUAUCGGCGGGACAUUCCGCCGGGCUGGAUUCCAGGUGAUGCUUCGUAUCCCUUGAGGACCUACUUCGACAAGCUGAAGCUUUGGUACCGGAUCGCCAAUGUGGAGGAUGAAGCCAUCGGUCCACUGGUGGCUGGACGACUAUAUGGUCGAGCAUCCACGAUCGCCAUGUCCUUGAGAGUGCCAAGGCCAGACGGCACCUUCGAUGUUGGCGAUGCAGCGCUGGUUCGACUAGCUGUGGAUGAAGUCCGCGACCCAGCGACCAAUGUGAUCAUCCAGAACCACAUUCCCUCAGGAGUGCAAUUCUUGGCCAAUGCACUCCGCACGGCAUUCGGUCAGCAAGACCAAGAUCUGGCGACACAAGCACUGGACAAGUUCUUUGGCCUUGCAAGAGGAAAGCUCAGCCUGUCCGAAUACAGCGUCGAGUUCGACAGCCGGUACGAUGAUGCUCAUGACAGAGCUGGACUGCAGUUGAACGAUGUCGGCAAGUUCUUCCUAUGGUUCAAGAACUCUGGCUUGCCAUCCAAGACGGUUGAUGACAUCAAACUGCAGGUUGCUGGCGACUACACUCGCUUCAACGACGCUCGAGCUCUGGCAUUGCGCAUCAACCCUAAUCGGCGAGAACCUGAUGACGCCCAGAUCCUCUAUGAAGAGAAUGAUGAGUCCUAUGGCGACUACGACGCCUACUACCAGGACUGGGGCGAUGACUAUGAGGCCGAGGAUUCAUGGUGGUAUGGCUAUGAAGAGGCCGAUGAAGGUGAAUGGGUCUAUGAGGAGUACGCCAACGACGAGAACUACUAUGAGAACCAUGAUGCCAGCGAUGAGUCAUGGCAAGAGGUGGACCUUGAGGCUGGCAUGACAUCUGGUUCAGCAAGCGACUCCAAUGUCUCGGGCGAGUACAACGAAGCCUAUUGCAAAGGAAAAGGCAAUGGCAGUGACGACGGUUGCUUCAACUGUGGCAGCAAGUUCCACCGAGUUCGAGAUUGUCCACUUGGCAAGGGCAAGAACAAGAAGGGCAGCCACAACUACAAAGGAAAAGGAAAGUCAAAAGGCUUCUGGAGAUGGCGACCCAACUUCAAAGGAAAGAGCAAAGGCAAGAGCAAGUAUCCUUGGAGAAGCAAAGGCAAAGGAAGAGGAAAAGGCUUUGGUCGAAAAGGCCACUACUACGCCUACCAGGAGGAGGACAACUACAAGCCUCGUGGUGGUCUGUCGAUCAGCGAAGGCAUUCCUGAUGCCUCAACUCCGCAAGAAGUUGCCACAAGCUCCAAGGAGGUCAAGACGACCAAGAAGGCCGAGAGCUUCGUGAUCCACACGUCAUCCGAGGAUGAGGACUUCAAGAAGCCAACUGAGGGAUAUUCAGGUCAGCCUGAGUAUACUACGAAGGAUCACUAUGACAAGAAGCUCAAGAUGAACUUCAUGGUCUUCAACAUGAAGAAAGAAGAGACACAGAUGAGCUACCAUACCAUCCAUGGGCAAGAACGCUAUGGUCUGCUCAUCGAUCCCGGAGCUGCAUCCGGGCUGGUUGGUAGCGAGACCCUCAGGAUGCUCAAGAGUUGCUCCAUGGGCGAGAUGGAGAUCAACCGCAACAAGAUCACUCCAGUUUCCGGCAUUUCAGGAAACAGCGAGUCAACUCUCGGAGAGGUCACGUUGACCAUGGCGACCGCAGGACAACCCAUCACCUACACGGCGGAGGUCAUUGGUGGAGCUGGAAGCCUAUGCCCAGCACUGGUUGGCAACCCGACUCUUCGUCGAUUGGGUGCAUCAAUCUUGACAGAUUGGUUUGAGAAUGGUGAUGGCAUGCUUGUUCUGAACACCAAGGACGCCAUGGAUGCAGAGGUCAAUCACGUGAAGUUCUUUAGGAUCCUGCUCACAGAUUCUGGACACUACAUCCUGCCUUGUGACAACGUUCAGAACGAGAAGGUUCCAAGAGCUUCGAAGCACGAGGCCAUCGCUUUCUUCCAGAAGAUCACCGAGAUCACUUCGAAAGUUUGGCCUGACGUGCAACCACGGGUCAGACACUGCUUCCAUUCCCAGACGGCGGCAGAGGAUGACCGGUGUGAUUACAAUCGUGAACAUGAACGAGACAAAGGCCCAAUGAAGAGGCAAGAUCAUGAUGUUGGUUGUGAUCAUUUGGCUUGCGAGAAUGGAGAAGAAGAUGAACUACGGAAUCCUGUUCCUUCGAGGAAGAUUCACUUCAUAGAUGAGGAACAGCAGAAGAAGUCCGAGGAGCCCUACGACCUCAUGAACAGCGAGAAGAACAAGAGCCUAUCACCAAUUGCAGAAGAGCGCGACUCCGAGGACGAAGUUUCACCAUCAGCCAUUUUGGCAGAGCAGUGCAUGAAGAACGACAAGAGCAAAGAGCCUGCGAAGAAUUCAAACCACUUGAUCAACGAGCACCCUGCCGGACCUGCCAUUUUGGCCCCGGCAAUUCAUGAUGAACAAGGCCUACGUGAGGCAAGCUAUGAUGAAGAGAAGAACGUCUUCCUCAGCUACACUGGCGACAUGAUCCCCGAGACGGCAGAUCAAGCCAAGUUGAAGAAACGAUACAAAGCAAUCCCUGAGGAGUUCUACACCAAGAGCGGAUUGACGCCGGUGACUCCCAAGAACUUUGACAGCUGGUUCAAGAGAGUUCGAGGACGAGGAUUGCGAUGGCACUUCUGGGAGUUGUUCAGUGGCAGUGGAAGAUUGUCGCUGACGUUGCUUCUUGCUGGACUCAUGGUUGGUUUCCCCGUCGACUACCGGUACGGCUGGGACAUGCGGGUAGCAAGCCAUCGUGGUAUGAUCCACGCAGCUUACGAAGAGUUCCAACCUGGAGUGCUUCAUAUGUCUCCGGACUGUGCACCAUGGUCAGUUGCGGCAUCUACGAAAGAUCCUGAUGAGAAGAUGUGUGAACGUCUACAAGAUAGACCAGCUCUACAACUAUGUCAAGAUCUUUCUGCACGACAAGAUGCCAAUGGCCGUGGCUACAACAUAGAACAACCUUAUGGAGCACAAUCAUGGCAAGAACUUCCAGAGAAUCCUCUACGACUGCAACGAAUUCCUGGCAACAAGAGCAGACAGAGAGUGGACCAGUGCAUGCAUGGAGCUCAAGAUGAACGCGGCUACCCCAUCAUGAAGCCCACUGGCUUUGGAUCCAACAUUCGUUGGAAGCACACUGGACUUCGAUGCGGAGGUCAUUGCGGUGUUCCACACACUCAGCUCAAAGGCACAGGCCCAUCUGGUCUGACCAGGACUUCGAUGUCAGCAGUCUACCCAAAAGGAAUGUGCCAGCGCAUGAAGCAGGACAUCAUCCAGUACCUGGCCUACAUGAACCUACUCAAGUCAAGCUGA